AUGGCGGCAAGCUGGCUCAAACAGCGGAAAGAGCUAGCGAUCUUACUUGCCGGCUCCUAUCCGAGGAGUCCGAAUAAGACCUCCCAGCCGGAGCACUCUGAGCGACGCCUGCGCAAGGGACUUUCACGAAUCCUUGCCGUUCGCGACGAAGUUCGUCAGAAUUCGCAGCACCCGUUCGAUGAAUCUGAUGCCGAGUUCUUCUUAAUGAAUGAAUACCCAGGAGUCGCAGGAGGAGACGAUGCACCGAUGGAUGCAGAUAUGCCAAAACAGGAAGAUGAAGACUCUGGUCUGCCGCUUCUGUGGGGUGAGGCAGCAGGACAGUCACUGGAGCUCGAGAGUGAUCUGUUUUCGAACGACGCAGAUUUGACUGGCAGCCACGGCCAAAGCCCGGGGACCAAAAGUCAUGCUACCAGUAUGAGUCGGACGGUGAGCCCCAGCUUUGCGGCAGGCGUUCUUAGAUCGCGGCGUGUGUCGGUGGAUUUGACCCAACCAGUGCCAAACACAGAUGGUGAAGUCAUCGACUUUUUGGAGCGACGGCGCAUGAUUGCUCUGGGAACUUUCAUUGUGAAAAUGUGGACGAGAAGCGUCCUGACGGGGGACGUUGUGGUACCUGCCCGCGCAGAGCUCAAGCUGAUCACACAGGUUCUGCAGCUUCCGGAUCCUGAUGAGACGGCAGCGGUAAGUGACUGUCGGGUCUUGAUCAUGACGGAGGAGCUUGCGGCAGUGAUUGCCCACACGGUGACGGUGGAGAAAAAGAAACUCCCCGCGGCUGAUGGCGGAUAUCUCCCCACACCGAAAAACCGGUUCAAAGAAUGGGCUUCCUACCUCGCAGAGGUCUCCGUUGGCUGCCGGGAGAUGCAGAAGCAGGUCAGCAGCUGGGUAUCGCGCUACGAGCGGGCAAAUGACGGAUCUUUUCGAGAAACUCCGCGCGAACACUCCUUUGAGCACCGAGUGAGGGUGGUGGACUUCUGGUAUGAAUAUCACAAGGAUGCAUGGAACACGCUGCCUCUGCGUCAUGGCGGUGGCAGGAGCAGAACACCUGGUGGAUCUAGCGGCAAGGCCUCCUCUGGAGCGAUCCCGUACAGUACCACCUUGUCGAGGCAGCCAUCACUACGGCGCACGCUGACAAAGUCCGACCCGGCUCUCCAACUUUCAAAGAGCGGCAGUGGACUGCUAAAGCUGCCCCCCGUAAGCAAUCCGGCAAGGGAGCGAUACCUGAAGCAAUGUAGCGGCCGCACAAUGACUCCGUUGCCUAUUCCUUUCAUGAUUGGAGAAACUCCUGAUCUGGAUUUGGCUCGGCUUGAUUUGAGCGACGUGGAGCUGGAGGCCAUCGCCGAAACCUUGCCUACUGUCCACGCAGUCCGAAAG